CGACGAUUCGAUUAAAUUCGAUCGAUGAAAGCUUCUCAAGUUUUGGCGGCGGCGGCGGCGAGGGUUGGACCGGCGUUAAGGAAGCAAGUAUUAACCUUGACGGACGAAGCUGCCUCUAGGGUUCAUCAUCUCUUACAACAACGUCAAAAACCUUUCCUCCGAUUAGGCGUAAAAGCUCGUGGCUGCAACGGCUUGUCCUACACCCUCAAUUAUGCUGAUGAGAAAGGGAAAUUUGAUGAGUUGGUGGAGGAGAAAGGUGUGAGGAUACUUGUUGAACCAAAGGCCUUAAUGCAUGUGAUUGGAACCAAGAUGGAUUUUGUAGAUGAUAAACUCAGAUCAGAGUUUGUGUUCAUCAAUCCUAACUCACAAGGACAAUGCGGGUGUGGUGAAUCGUUUAUGACAACAUCUACUUCUAGUGCUAAGCAGAGUGCUAGUUAACACACAGUGAUGCGUUUGCAUUUGUCGUUGCACUAUCAUAUAUUAUAUACUGUUACUGGAAUUGGCGUUAAUGAGAGACAGGCUUUGCAAUAAGAAUUGAGUUUUAUG